GCCACGCCUCCCAAGCGCCAUGCUGAGCUUGGGCGGCGUGGGGCUCUCGCGGGGCCUGCGGGUCGUGACGCAGGCAUGGCUGCGGGGCUCCUGCGGCCGCUCCCUGGCCCUCGCGCGCGCGGCUGGCGCGCCCCGCACGGGGGACUGGCGGCCCUCGGCGGGACAGGGGCCACGCCGGCGUCGGCUCAGCCUAUCGGCCGCUGCGGUCGUGGACUCGGCGCCCCGCCCCCUGCAGCCCUACCUGCGCCUCAUGCGGUUGGACAAGCCCAUUGGAACCUGGCUGCUGUAUCUGCCAUGUACCUGGAGCAUUGGUUUGGCAGCUGAACCAGGCUGUUUUCCAGAUUGGUAUAUGUUAUCCCUCUUUGGCACUGGAGCUGUUCUGAUGCGUGGAGCAGGCUGUACUAUUAAUGACAUGUGGGACCGGGAUUACGAUAAAAAGGUUGCAAGAACAGCAAGUCGUCCAAUAGCUGCUGGAGACAUUUCAACUUUUCAAUCCUUUGUUUUCCUUGGGGGACAGCUGACCUUGGCGCUGAGUAUUCUUCUGUGUCUGAAUUACUACAGUAUAGCUCUAGGAGCAGCAUCCCUACUUCUUGUCAUCACCUACCCACUAAUGAAAAGAAUUACAUACUGGCCUCAAUUAGUCUUGGGGUUGACUUUUAAUUGGGGAGCAUUACUUGGAUGGUCUGCUAUCAAGGGCUCCUGUGAUCCAUCUGUUUGCCUGCCUCUUUAUUUUUCUGGAAUUAUGUGGACUCUAAUAUAUGAUACUAUCUAUGCCCAUCAGGACAAGAGAGAUGAUGCUCUGAUUGGCAUUAAGUCCACGGCUCUGCUGUUCCGUGACAAGACCAAGCAGUGGCUGAGUGGCUUCAGUGUGGCGAUGCUGGGAGCCCUGAGCCUGGUGGGAGUGAACAGUGGUCAGACCGCGCCCUACUACACGGCUCUGGCUGCUGUCGGAGCCCAUCUAGCUCACCAGAUUUACAGUCUAGACAUCCACAGACCUGAGGAUUGUUGGGAUAAAUUUGCCUCCAACCGAACAAUAGGACUAAUGGUUUUUUUAGGGAUUGUCCUCGGGAACUUGUGGAAGGAAAAGAAGACAGAUGAAACGAAGAAAAAUAUAGAUAGUAAAAUAGAAAAUUAGCAAAUGAAGUUUAUCUAGGAAUUUUUAAUACAAACUUUUACAAAACACUCUCGGAUCUUGUUACCAUAUAAUUAGAUUUGAAUAAGCAGUCUUAUGAUAUGUUAAAGAAUUAAGAACCAGAAGAUGAAGAGUUAUUUGCCUGGAUUUUAUCUCAAAUAUUUACUAGCAAAAUUUUUCCCCUGUCACAGGGACUUUUCAGGAUUUGAGAUGAUCUUGAAUAUUUAAAUUGCUGCAUUCUUCUCAUUACAGUUCUCAUCUGUAGUUAUGGGAACCGUAUGCAUUUUGGCACUUUAAAAGAAAUCAUGUGUAUCUCAUCUAAAUGAAUGUAGGAAAAUGGAUUCUUUUUUAGGGAAAAAUAAAAGCUACUA